CUCGUCCUCUCAUCCGCCAUGCUUCCUCGUCAUUUGCGCAGAGCUGUGGUUACCCCAGCAGCCCCUGCUCAGAUACGCGCCAUGCUGCUCAACAGGCAGUCACUUCGGGCUGUACCGCUCGCGCUUCACCCAGCCGUUUCUGCCCGGACACAUGCCGCGGCAUUCCACUCCUCUGCCCGCCGUCAAAACGAGGCCCCGCGGUCGCCAUUCCAGACAUUCGUGGAUGUUCUCAAGGAUGAGCUGCGCAAGAACCGAGAGCUGCAGGACAACGUGAAGCAGCUCCAGGGAGACGUGGAGAAGUUCCAGGACUCUGAGGCCAUGAAGCGUGCACGCGAGGCGUAUGAGCGGGCCAGGUUGACAUCGAGCAUAAAAGAGAACCCUCGUUUGCGUGCAGCAGCCGAGGAACUCCGAAAGGCCGGCAUCAAGGUCGGUGACGCGGUCGGCGAAGCUCUUAAGACGAUGGAAGAGAGUGAACUCGCCCGCGCGAUAUCUCGCGCGUCAGCGGCCGUGUCAUCAACGCUCGAGAAGACCACAGAGCCAAUACGCAAUACCGCUGCGUACAAGACACUGUCAGAAACCAUCUCUGACGCCUUGGACGACAGCGGUACCGCGAAGCAUGCCGGGUUCGAAGAGAAGGAGGCGCGACGAAAGCGUCGUCAGCUGCGCCUUGAAAAGGCGGGCAAGAACAGCAUCGGUGGCAGCGCGCGUACGAAAGCAAAUCCUGAAGCCGGUCAGGCCCUUGUAGUACACGCGGACUCGCCACGACAAGAGCGCUGGGCGAAGAUGAAGGAGACGAACCCGCUUUUGCGCUCGCUUUCGGACCUGAAGGCACAGUACGACGAGAGCGAGCACCCGGUCGUGUCCUCGCUUCGAAGUGUGACACAGACGAUCGGCGGCUGGUUCGACGAGAACGAGAGCGCCCAAGUGCAGCGGCUGAUGAAGGCGCUGGACCCCACGUUCACAAUGGAGAGCUUCGAGCGCGAAUUACGAGAGUAUAUCGUGCCCGAGGUCGUCGAUGCAUACCUUAGCGCGGACCGCGAGGCCUUGCAGGCGUGGUGUGGCGAGGCGACAUACAACGUUCUCUGGGCGACCAUGGAGCAGUAUCUGAAGCAGGGCCUGAUCAGCGACAGCAAAGUUCUUGACAUCCGGCAAGUUGACGUCUCAACAGGCAAGAUUCUGGAGAACGAGGUCCCCGUGUUCGUGAUCACCUUUGCGACACAGGAGAUGCCCAUCUUCCGGAAUGUGAAGACCGGCGAGAUCGUCGUCGGCGCGGAGGACCGUGUCGAGCAGUGUCAUUACGCCGCCGUCAUCACCCGCGUUGAGGAGGACCUCGAUAACGAACUCACCGGUGGCUGGAAGAUCAUUGAGAUGGGACGCAGAUCGGCUCGCCAGUACCUCUAGUCCUUCAGCUGCCUGACCCCGCGAUGCUGCUAAUCUACCGCAUACAUUCGGUCCACGACCGAACCACUCAUUAACGACACCCCACCCCUCACACAUAAGUAUAGUUACAUAGUACACACUCGGGAUCUGCUCGCGAGCGCACGCUCGAGUAGAGAGAUCACGAUAAUUAAUGC